AUGACUUCCCGUCUUCAUCAACUCUCAAACAUAGAUGAGAUUAUCAACAAAGACGAAAAGAUAUUGCAUCAACUAUUCGAUCGCACAGUCACUGGAGUCGGCGAAAACCUUGUUGUGAAGUCAGGAAAACUCCGCUCGCACGAAGCGCAAACACUACGUUUCAUUGCCGAAAACACCACGAUCCCUGUACCCAAUGUGUACGAUGUCCGCUGGGAGGAUGGCCAAGUGGUAGCUAUCACAAUGGACUACAUGUCCGGUAAGCGUCUCGACGAAGCGUGGGAGACAUUGGAUCCCGAUCAGAAGCUCUCUAUUGCCAAGGAGCUCCAUUCCUACAUAAACCAACUUCGCGACUUGAAAGGCGACUACAUCGGCGCUGUCAACCCCGGCAAAACAGUAACUGGAAGAGCUGUUGCUGUGGAAGGUGGACCAUUUGAUACCGAGCAGCAGUUCAACGAAUCUCUCUUGGGGCGCAUUAUAAGACAGGCGCCAGAUCUAUUACGACACUAUGCCAGACAUGCACUUUCGGAGAAUCAUGAAAUCGUUUUCACUCAUUCCGAUAUUGCGCCGGAGAAAUUUCUUGUUGAAGGAGGCCGUAUUGCAGCUAUUCUGGACUGGGAAGAUGCGGGUUGGUAUCCGGAAUAUUGGGAAUACACUAGGGCGUUUCGAUAUUUUAGACCGAUGCCUGACUGGCCGGAAUAUCUGACUCAUAUUCUUCCUCCGAAAUUUGAAAGAGAGUAUAUUGGGAUGGCCUUCUUGAACAGGAUAAGUUACUAG